AAAACACCGGGCCAGUUUAAAGGAAGCAGCGGUGAAAAUGGCGUCCUCCUACUUUCAUGAGAUGCAGGAGAAUUUCAGGAAUAACAACAAGAGCCGCGAGUUUCCCGCUCACAGCGCUAAAGUCCACUCCGUCGCCUGGAGCUGCGACGGGAGGCGGCUGGCCUCGGGCUCGUUUGAUAAAACAGCGAGUGUGUUUGUGCUGGAGAAAGACCGGCUGGUGAAGGAGAAUAACUACAGAGGUCAUGGAGACAGUGUUGACCAGCUGUGUUGGCACCCAACCAACCCGGAUCUGUUUGUCACUGCUUCUGGGGACAAGACCAUUCGGAUCUGGGAUGUCCGCACUACUAAAUGCAUGGCCACGGUCAGCACCAAAGGAGAGAACAUUAACAUAUGUUGGAGUCCUGAUGGUCAGACCAUAGCUGUGGGGAAUAAGGAUGAUGUGGUUACUUUUAUUGAUGCUAAAACUCACCGCCCACGUGCUGAAGAACAGUUCAAGUUUGAGGUCAACGAAAUUUCCUGGAACAACGAUAAUGAUAUGUUCUUUUUGACUAAUGGUAAUGGCUGCAUCAACAUUUUGAGUUACCCUGAACUAAAGCUCAUUCAGUCAAUAAAUGCUCAUCCGUCCAACUGCAUCUGCAUCAAAUUUGAUCCCACUGGCAAGUAUUUUGCUACUGGAAGUGCAGAUGCUCUGGUCAGUCUGUGGGAUGUUGACGAGUUGGUGUGUGUUCGCUGUUUCUCAAGGUUAGACUGGCCAGUUCGAACCCUGAGCUUUAGUCAUGAUGGAAAAAUGUUGGCAUCAGCCUCUGAAGAUCACUUCAUUGAUAUUGCUGAGGUGGAGACAGGAGAGAAGCUUUGGGAGGUCCAGUGUGAGUCUCCAACCUUCACUGUAGCCUGGCAUCCGAAGAGGCCGCUGUUGGCUUAUGCCUGUGAUGACAAGGAAGGAAAGUAUGACAGUAACCGUGAGGCAGGGACUGUCAAGCUUUUUGGCCUUCCUAAUGACUCUUGAGGAAUGAUGUCACACACACAGACCUGGCCAGUACCACCUGCACCAGCGGUAGUUAGCCUACAUCUGUCUCUACACUGGCUUUGUUCUUUUGCUGGAACAGAUCAGCCCCUCAAAUUCAGCUAUAUGCUAGAAGUGUUCACUAUUUGUAUAUAUAUUUUUAGUUCCUGGGUAAUUCCAUUAUUGUUUCAAUAGAGCAACAGUCUGUUCUUCAGGUAAAAUGUACGAUUGUCUACACAUUUGUACAUGCAGAAACAAACCGUUGGAACAUUUUAGUAUCACAGCUUCGUGACGCCUCAUUUUUAUGUUCCUGCAAAAGCUGUAAACAUGAGUUCAACUGAGUUCAAAAGAGAAGCAUUGUUGUAUUUAUACAAAGCUUAUUUCCAACUAUGAAAGCCGAUACAGUUAGUGUUUGUAGAUGUUCUUUAAAAGUUUCUUCAGUCUUGCGAUCACAGACUUAAGUAUGGAUAUCACAUUACAGGUUAUAUGAUUUGGAGUCUAUGAGUUUGACCACCAGAUGACGCCAGUGGACAAUUUUACACUUCAGCACUGUUUGCUGGUAUUCUGUAAUGCAGGCAUUCCCAUAUUUUUUUCCAUUGAACCCAUUUUUUGUAUGGCGUUUUAUUAUAUUAAAUAAACAAUGUUUUGUAA